UGGUGUGUGUUUCCUGGUGUGUGUGUGUGUGUGUGAUAGUGAAGCGUGUGUAUGAAGAGAGUGUGUGUUGUGUUGUUUGACUGCAGGAGAGAAACCCGGUUAAACGGUUCUGCUCAGUGUUUUACCGCGUGCUCGGUUCGGUUCUUUGUGUGUGUGUGUGUGUGUGUGUGUGUGUGAGUGUGUGUGUGUGUGUGUGUGUGUGUGUGAGUGUGUGUGUGUGUGUGUGUGUGUGUGUGUGUGUGUGUGUUUAUAGGGGUGGCAGCAGUGGGGUGGAACAGGAGCUGAAGGAUGGUGAGUGUUGGUCAGUAGGAUGAAGUCCAGUCCGGGGCACCGCUGUAGGGAUAUAGAGAGACAGGCGGGUUACCUGAAGCCGGAGCACUGUGCCCCGCCCCCUCCCCUCAUGCCGUCGGCGGGACAGAUGUGGUUUAUACGGGACGGGUGCGGGAUAGUGUGCGGGGUGAUCACGUGGCUGCUGGUGUUCUACGCCGAGUUCGUGGUUCUGUUCGUCAUGCUGCUGCCGGUGAGGAGCGUGAUGUACAGCCUGGUGAACGGAGCGCUGUUCAACACACUCGCCUUCCUCGCCCUCGCAUCACACUUCAGAGCCAUGUGCACAGACCCGGGGGCGGUACCAAAGGGAAACGCCACUAAGGAGUUUAUAGAGAGUCUACAGCUGAAACCGGGUCAGGUGGUCUACAAGUGUCCCAAAUGCUGCAGCAUCAAACCUGAACGAGCCCACCACUGCAGUGUGUGUAAGCGUUGUAUAAGGAAGAUGGACCACCACUGUCCGUGGGUGAACAACUGUGUGGGAGAAAACAACCAGAAAUACUUUGUGCUCUUUACUAUGUACAUUGCUCUGAUAUCUCUCCACGCUCUCAUCAUGGUGGCGUUCCACUUCGUCUUCUGCUUCGAGGAGGACUGGUCAAAGUGCAGCUCCUUCUCUCCUCCAGCGACCGUCAUCCUCCUCAUCCUCCUGUGCUUUGAGGGCCUCCUCUUCCUCAUCUUCACCGCCGUGAUGUUCGGAACACAGGUCCAUUCAAUCUGUACUGAUGAGACCGGUAUCGAGCAGCUGAAGAAGGAGGAGAGGAGGUGGGCGAAGAAGUCGAGGUGGAUGAAUAUGAGGGUGGUGUUCGGUCAUCCCUUCUCUAUAGCCUGGCUCAGCCCCUUCUCCACGCCGGACCACGGCAAGGCCGAGGUCUACCAGUACGUGGUCUGACCCGGGAAUCCUGCCUCCUGAUUGGACGCAGAGUCACUGGGAGACAGUCUGAUGAUCACUCCACUCUUUAUUAUUUUACCUGUGAUUUAAUAAUCCGUGCUGCGUGGACUCGGCGGGGGAUACGGACUCUUUCGGUGCUUGGCUUUUAUUAUUAUUUACGCUGUAUUUCUCUCGCUGCUCUUAGUUCCGGUGGCUGUGCCUGUUUGAUGUUUACGUAUUAUUUCUAUUUUUCUCUUUAUUACGCUUAUUUCUGUUCACACCAAAGCCCUGAGCUCCAGAAAAAAUGAAGAGAUCACUUUAGUUUCUGAAUCAGUUUCUCUGAUUUUGCUAUUUAUAGGUUUAUGUUUGAGUAAAAUGAACAUUGUUGUUUUAUUCUAUAAACUACAGACAACAUUUCUCCCAAAUUCCAAAUAAAAAUAUUCUCAUUUAGAGCAUUUAUUUACAGAAAAUGAGAAAUGACUGAAAUAACAAGAUCAUAUUCAUAAAGUUUUAAGAGUUCAGAAAUAAUCAAUAUUUGGUUGAAUAACCCUGGUUUUAAGUCACAUUUUUUUUCAUGCAUCUUGGCAUCAUGUUCUCCUCCACCAGUCUUACACACUGCUUUUGGAUAACUUUAUGCUGCUUUACUCCUGGUGCAAAAAUUCAAGCAGUUCAGUUUGGUGGUUUGAUGGUUUGUGAUCAUCCAUCUUCCUCUUGAUUAUAUUCCAGAGGUUUUACAUUUAUUAAAAUCAAAGAAACUCAUUUUUAGGUGGUUUCUUAUUUUUUCCCAGAGCUGUAUAUACAGAGAUACAACCCCAGUCGCAGUAAUUAGAAGAAGAGGAGAAGUUUUAACUUCCAUCCACCGCCUUCCACAACGAGAGCGGGAGCUGCGUCUGUGGUUGAAGAGCUGCAUUUAACAGUAUAUUCAACCAAACGUUCAUGCGUCUACUCUUACUAUUCAUUUAGUGGAGGAAAUACCAACACCAGAACUUCCUGAUUGAGAUAAAUGGAUUGGUUUUAAAGCUACGGUGGCUCCCGCACUCGUAGAUUAGCUUUUAAGCUAACGCCUAGCAUGUUUAAGAGUGUAUAGCUUGUGAGUGAAUGCGCCUUAAUCUAGAUCAGACUGAGCCAGGCUUUGGUUGGUGAACAGAACGCUGAAGACGCUCCGCUGUUUUACAUCUUCUUUUGCCAAAAUCUUUCUCUUUGUCUUCUCUUGGUUUAUGAGAAUCAAUUGGGUUGUUGGUUCACCACGAGAACCGCCUCAGGACUCCAGCAGGAAAUGGGGCGCACCAUAUGGCUGAACUGGGAUGAGAUUAGUCAAAGUGUUGACAUGCUGCAGUUUGCCUUCUUUUUUUGUUAAUUUCUUGCUUUAUUUUUUGCUUUUCUUGCUUUUUUAUCUUUAUUAUAACUCUAUAAAUAAGUUUUUGUGUUUUUUUUUAAUGAGGGUCUUUAACCAGCAUGGACCUGGACCUGAACUGAAGCCUUGCACAGUGUUUCUACUUCACAUUUUUAAUUCAGACGAUGGACAAACAUGAUGUAAAACUUUCUCAAACGGUGAAAAAACAGUGGUUAACUUUAUACAAUCAACUUCAGAUGAGUAUUUUUGGGUUUUGUCUCCCCAAUCUACUAUACUGAAGAAUCCUCCAGUAAAAUCCAUCAGUACUGAGACAGAUCCUGAACAUCACCAGCUUCUGAACCUCACAGGAAACUCCUGGUUAAACAAUCAGAAAAGGACAACCUCACACACACUCCUCUGAAACAUUAACGGACGUGAUGUUUCUGCUGUGUUUUUGCACUCAGUCUACAAUCCUGGACCAUCUGUGUGUUAUUGUUGAUGAUGAUAACUCUCGAUGAUGAUUUACCAGCCUGAACUAAACACUCCUUAUAAAAUAAAA